AUGCGGUACUCGAUUGCUGGAUCGCUACUAAGCUGCGCUGCUGUGGUGCAAGCCUUCAAAGAUACAUCGCCUUUUCUUUUAUUCUCAUCGUCGGAAUUACCUCCUUCGAUGCAAAUUGAGAGCCAAGAACUAGAUACCACUUCCUCGAUUCUUCGCAACACCAAGAGUUUCCUUUCCACCUGCCCCUCUGAUGUCUACAUCAUCAUUCAACAACCAGCUCUCGCCGUCUCAGACUUCUCGGCCUUAGACUCGAUUCCUCACAUGAAAGCGGCCAUCUCAGAUUCUAGAGUCAAAGCAACCUACAGCGUCACGGAUGUCAUUUAUGAGGGUGGAAAUCUUGCCGAGGAAUUGGCAGAGCACAUUGAGGCGUCAUGCGGCAAGAAAGUUGAACGACGAAACAACGUUGGGCUUGAGUCCGCUGAUGGCAAUGCAAAUGGUGUCAUUGUAUCUAAUUUCAAUGCAUUAUCAACCGAGAAAGUAUCAAGAGCUGAAGAACUUAACGAUCAAGAUGUUAUGCUCAACAGCGUGUUCUACGAACAUCUCUCUCGUGGUCCAGAGUACACCGUCAUCUACACUACCACACCCCUUGGUUCUGUACUUCAACAAGAUGAACCUGAGUUGCCAAUUUACAACGCAGAGUUUGAUGCGACCGCACAUAUCGAUUUGAAGAGGGAUUUCAGAAUCAAGUCUGAUAACUCGACGAAUGCACAUGAUACUAGACCUUUGUUCGAGAAGUAUCAGUAUUUUACGCCUGGUAUCUUCAUGGGAUUAGUUGUUGGAAUCAUCUUUCUCAGUAUCCUUUACGUAGGUUUGAGUGCAGUGUCGAGUCUGCAGGUUUCGUAUGGAGCUUUCGAUAAGGAGAUGGGACCAUCUGCGCAAAAGAAACAACAGUAA